AUUUGGAAGAACUACUACGACCCGAACGUAUGUUCACCAAGGAGGUGGGCUCAUACAGCGUCUGUUCUGGCAUCCAGCGGCUGAAUAAGAAACGCUGCACCCCGCCCAGCUAGAUCCAAGGUGGUAGCCCCAUCAGCGUGGUCGUCCCAGUGUUGGUUGGGACGUUAAACAGAACUGGCACGAUGGCCGUCCGGCGAGACAGGAGUGUUGGCGUAGGCCCAAUAAGCCACCCGUAAAAAUCCCCAUUGCGAAUAACAUAGGAAAAAAUACGAAUCGAUACAAUCGGCAAAGACCCACGCGACGAAAUAAGGACUACGAUUGGAAACUUGAAACAUGGAAUUGCAAGUCAAUAGCAGGAUGUGACAGGAUAAUCUACGACGAACUACAUCCCUGCAACUUCGAAAUCGUGGCGUUACAGGAACUUUGUUGGACUGGACAGAAAGUGUGGGAAAGCGGGCAUCGAGCGGCUACCUUCUACCAAAGCUGUGGCACCACCAAUGAACUGGGAGUAGGAUUUAUAGUGUUGGGCAAGAUGCGACAACGUGUGAUCGGGUGGCAGCCGAUCAACGCAAGGAUGUGCAUGUUAAGAGUUAAGGACCGUUUCUUCAACUACAGCAUCAUCAACAUCCACUGCCCACACGAAGGGAGACCUGAUGACGAGAAAGAAGCGUUCUACGCGCAGUUAGAGCAAACAUACGAUGGUUGCUCGCCGCGUGACGUGAAAGUCGUUGUCGGCGACAUGAACGCGCAGGUAGGAAGGGAGGAAAUGUACAGACCGGUAACCGGGCGAAACAGUCUGCACGCCGUAUCGAAUGAUAACGGCCAGCGAUGCGUAAACUUUGCAGCCUCCCGUGGUAUGGUAGUCCGAAGCACCUUCUUCCCCCGCAAAGAUAUCCACAAAGCCACCUGGAGAUCACCCGACCAUCAAACAGAAAACCAAAUCGACCACGUUCUAAUCGACGGUAAAUUCUUCUCGGAUAUAACCAAUGUCCGCACAUACCGCAGUGCGAAUAUAGAUUCGGAUCACUACUUAGUCGCUGUAUGCAUGCGCUCAAAACAGUCGAACGCCGUGGCUUAACAUCGAGCAGCUGCGUAACGUAGAAAUGGCUCAAGACUACGCGCAGCAGUUAGCAGUGGCCCUACCAACGGAAGAGCAGCUCGGCGCAGCUACACUUGAAGAUGGCUGGAGGGACAUCCGACCCGCCAUAGGUAGUACAUCGGCUACAGCACUUGGCUUCGCGACGACCCCGAAUCACAUAAACGACUGGUACGACGGCGAAUGUGAACAGUUGAAAAACGAGAAGAAUGCAGCAUGGGCGAGAAUGCUGCAACACCGUACGAGAGCGAAUGAGGCACGUUACAGACGGGCGCGGAAUAGGCAGAAUUCAGUCUUCCAGAGGAAGAAGCGCCAGCAGGAAGAACGAGAUCGCGAAGCGAUGGAAGAGCUGUACCGCACUAAGGAUACACGGAAGUUCUACGAGAAGCUGAACUGCUCCCGCAGAGGCUUUGUGAUACAAGCCGACAUUUGCCGAGACAAUCACGGGAAUCUUCUCACGAGCGAACGUGAGGUGGUCGAGAGGUGGCGGCAGCAUUACAAUGAGCACCUCAAUGGCGACGUUGCAAGCAGCGAAGGUGGCGUGGUAUCAGCUACGUGCGCAGGCCGAAAGAUUUCCAACCCCCAACCUCCACGGGAUUGAGGAGGAGGUUGGCCGGUUGAAAAACAACAAAGCCACUGGAGCAGAUCAACAACCAAGCGAGUUACUAAAACACGGUGGAGAAGCACUGGUGAGGCACUACACUGGUUCAUUACCAAGAUUUGGGAGGAGGAAGUAUUACCGGAGGAGUGGAUGGAAGGUAUCGUGUGUCCCAUCUACAAAAAGGGCGACAAGUUGGAUUGCGGGAACUACCGCGCGAUCACACUACUGAGCGCUGCCUACAAGGUACUCACUCAAAUUUUAUGCCGCCGUCUAUCACCGAUUGCAAGAG